ACUCGAUGAAGAAUGACAAAAGUGGACAACAUGCCGGGGACACGAAGACAUUCAACACGUGCUUCGAUAACGUAGAUUUAAACUGGGCCUCUUUAAGAAACAAAAGGUUGAACGAUGGGCCAGGUUUCUCCUUCUUCUAUGAGUACGCGCAUGACCGGUCGAUAUUGUCUCUUUCGUUGGACGAGAGUGGCACCCACAUGGCCACGGGCAGUGCAGACCACUCCAUCCGCAUACACAACCUGAAAAACCUGUCCACCACGAAAGAACUAUACCAUAAAAAGUGCGGACAUUACGAUUGGGUGAAUGAGGUGUUCUUUACCAAAAGAAAUGAAGUACUUUCGGGGGGUCUCGAUGGAAAGAUAUGUCUGUGGAAUACGAGCUACUCAUGCAAACCUCCAAAAGUGAAUAAAAUUAUGAACAAUUCAGAAUAUGUUGAACAGGAAAAAAAAGUCCGCAAAGUUAAUUUUAAAGCUUCUACCAAUGUAACGACAUGCAAAGAAAUGUAUGCACACCACUCCACCAUUAGUGACAUGAAGUUUGAUAAAAAAAACGAAAAAUGUAUAACGAGCAGUUACGAUAAAACGUUAAAACUUUUCGAUAUCAAGAAGUUUCAACAGCUAGCCAUUUAUGAAGGAAGCCACACACAUCCCAUAACGAAAUUUUUAUGGUUAAAGGAUAAAAUAAUAUCCGCAGAUAAAAGCGGAAGUGUGUGCGUCUUCGAUGUGGGAAGUUGUCAGGAAAUUCUCCAGGCGAAAAAUACACACACUGGAAAUGUAGGCGCUUUGAGUUAUUUUUAUCUGUACAGAAAUGGUGACUCUAAUUUUGUGAACAAACCUCAGGAUGGUAAAAAAAAGGGAAAUGGCGCAGAAUUGGAAACAGCCAUUUUAACGGGUGAAGAUCAUUUGAAGCAGAACAGCCGUAUGAAGCAAUCCACCAAGAAAGAUGCCACUCAAGUCACAAAAGCGGUUAAUGUAGUCGAAAAAAAUAAUGACCACUUAAACGUAAAUAAUGAUAAAAUCCCUUUAAUAAUAACAGGAGGACAAAACGAUGGAAUAAUAAAAAUUAGAGACUUUCGAAUUUUUCACAAAUACAUUAGCUGCAAAAAGUUGCACACAGCUAGCAUUAAUUCUAUCGUAACGUAUAAUGUUAACAAUAGGACGUAUAUCAUUACCUGUUCCGCUGAUGGGUACUGCUACCAAUUCGAGAUCCAAAGCAUUUGCUCUUCAAAUAUGAACAAUUAUUUGAAGAAAAUUGCCGUUAAGGAACCUAUUCUUUGUGCGAGGUACAUUGGGAACCACCUCCUCUUGGUUGGCUCAGCUUUUGGAAAUUUAUUCCUCCUAAAUUUUGCUGACGGUUCAGAGAGUCACUUAACUUUGGGACAAAAAAAAAAUUUGGCUGCUGUUACGGAGGGGCCUCACGGGUUAAGUGCCCUAGAUGGAAGGGACAAUGGGCAAGUCGCGUUGACAUCAGAGGGCGCCAACCCGAGCAAGGACAUCUUGUGGGCCUUUGGCGCCUGCAGGAAGGGCGGCAUUAACUGCAUAGAAUGCAUUUUUGUAUACGACGAAAAAAAGGCGUGUGCAAAUGAAUUCGAAAUUUGCAGCAUCGUGACGGGGGGAGACGACGGGUUGCCUUGCUUGCUGUCCAUCCCCAAUUCGUACGUUUAG